GACGCAUGCGCAGGACGCGUUGUCUGGCAGUGGUAAACAGACGUCAGAAGGGAGUCUUCGCCUCGAGUCAAAACAAAACAAAACAAGAAAGAUCUACGAGGAAUAGCUGUUUGUCCAUCUCCAUUAACAGCAGAAGGGAAACGAUUUCGCGUUAAUUUCAAGAGACGACCGAGUUAAUGAAAAAAAGCAGGUUUCUUCGACUUUUACCGGAGGGAUUUUAACUCAUAAAAACUGGAGUUGGCUAACUAGGUGUCCAUCUAGUUACUCUCUCCAUAGUAAAACUACGCUUUCGAGUUUGGUCCCAGAGGCCGGUGAUUGUCAAGAAGCGGACGGGCUGCAACUUUUUAUCUUUUCGAAGAACACAUCGACUGUAGUGAGAUUUGGGAAGGCUUCAACGGAACGGACACGUUCGGCUUAGAUGUGCCCGCGCGAGCAUCGUGUGUAGCUGCGUCUCGAGGAACAUGGCAGAUGGUGACACGCGCCAGCACACAGCGUGGAGGACCGUGCAAACUUGAACGACAGUAACUUAGAUUUUUAUUGUAUGGUAAAAAACCAAAAUAUGAUCGAGCACUCCUCUAAGAUAUUAUCUUGGUAUUUUUUAAACAUGUACAUUUUGUUCGUGAUGAUUUAAGUUAAAGCGCGUUUUAUUCGUACGGCUUCUUUUUGGCGAUUUAAGUUAACAUUCUUGCUGGUUUGUUUUAAACCUUGCAUUUAUUUGUUUUUAACUUAAUAAUGGAUCCCGAUUAAUAACAUAAUAUUGCUUUGUUGAUUUUGACAGGCAGCUCUAACAAGUAAUUUCCAUUCACUUGAAUUCGUUUACAAGUACAGUAUUUUUACAUUAUAUAGAAAUACACUCAGUUUACAAGAGCAGCUAGUGUACGACGCGUUUAUAGCUUUUUGUAGAGUUUAUCAAUUGGUCUACUUUGUUCUAAAAAAGUCUAAUUGCGAAAACCAAUCAACCAUAGGAACCAGCUGGAGGUGGAUAUUUUAGCAAUUACAGCGUAUGUUAUGAUUGGUUUCACGAAUUUAGUUAUUUAACUGCCUCAGUGAUUGUUUUUAUCUGUGUUUAAAUAUCUAUGAAAAGUUCAUAGAGUAUCAGCGCGUCUUCUUUCCAGUGGUUUAUUUCAGUAGUUGCUCUUGACAAUCCAGCUGUUUUGAUGUGUAGUGAAUUUCCUUUGUUCUUUCUACAUAAACAAAGAGACCCCCAUCCUAUCCUCGUUUGCUCUAUGUAAAUCAGAAGGUUUAUGUUAGUUACUAUUAAGGAGAUUAUUUGGCCCCUUUAAUCUCCAAUCUGAGGAUUAACUGACGCUAUAUUGGUGUGUUCAGAUUAUUACGAAUGUGCUCUGUUACCAUAGACAGUCACGGUUAAAUUUAGUCUUGAUACUGUAGUGUAAUAUAUCAAGCGAAAAAUCCUAAACAAGAUUAUUUUAGUUAUAAAUAGUCAUACCAUCCAUCGCCCGGUUGGUGUAUUGAACCGUGUUUUUUUAAAAGCAUCGCCUCGAAACUAUUUCACUGAAAUCCAGCCUUCGUCUGAAAUUAUCUGGAUUGCGUCGCACAAUGGAGGAAGAGAACGUACCCCCGAUUGACCCAGAUUUUGAGCCGCAGAGCAGACCGAGGUCAUGUACAUGGCCGUUGCCUAGACCCGACAUCUCAGCUGUCAAAGCAGGGGGCCCAGACGGAUCAGAGUCUGCUGCUGGAACUCCGCCCGCCGAAGAUGAUAAACACGAGCCUCAGCCAAUCAUAUCCGAGCCUGAGAAAGUAGCGCUCUCGGAGGGCGGGGUCGUCGCUGGAGUGGGCGGGGCCACACCUCGAAAAGGCACUUCCCGGCGUAAUGCCUGGGGUAAUCAGUCCUACGCAGAUCUGAUCAGCCAGGCGAUUGAAAACUCUCCAGAAAAACGACUUACUCUGGCGCAGAUCUAUGAUUGGAUGGUAAAAACGGUGCCGUAUUUUAAGGACAAAGGAGACAGUAACAGUUCUGCUGGGUGGAAGAACUCCAUUCGCCACAAUUUAUCGCUCCACAACAAGUUCCUGCGAGUGCACAAUGAGUCCACAGGAAAGAGCUCUUGGUGGAUGCUCAACCCUGAGGGUGGCAAGACCGGCAAAGCCCCUCGCCGCCGCGCCGCCUCCAUGGACAACAGCAGCAAACUGCUUAAAAGUCGUAUGCGAGCAAAACAGACUAAAAAGCAAGCCGGAGCAACUGGGAUUGGAGGCUCUGGAGGUGCCCUGCAGGGUGAGGGUGCUUCCGGCCCCAGCGGUGCAGACAGUCCCGGUCCUCCGGGUCAGUUUGGAAAGUGGGGAGUGAACAGCAGCAGCCCUUCCUCUCGUGGCAACCUGGAUGACCCUGACAUGUGGACGAGUUUCAGGCCACGCACAAGCUCCAAUGCCAGCACACUGAGCGGUAGGCUUUCUCCCAUUGCCACGGGGCAGGAGGAUGAGGAUGACCUACCUGAGGACGGCCUUCUUGGUGGCUAUUCUACAGGGAAUCUUCCCCCAACACUAACUGAGACCCUCAUGGAAGAACUGGAUUUGAUCGACGGGCUCACUUUAAUGACGGGUCCGCAAGGGGGUGCGAGCCCAAGCACAGCUCCCCCUGCCCCGCCUCAACCGCUGCCUUCUGCAUCCACUCUGCUGCCUCGAGGGUCCAGCUUUUCCUCCUUUAGGCAGCUGCAGCCAACGAAGGCUUCACAGGGAUCCACUCCACCAGGUCCGCAGAGCUCGGUUCAACCCAGCGCCGGAUCCAGCACAAGCCCUUCAAGCUUCGGAAACUCCCUCUUCAGCCCUCUGCCUGGUCCUGGUCACAGUGGUUUCAGUACUCGUGUGCCCUCCAGCCUCGAAGCUCUCCUGACCUCCGAUUCGCCCCCACCCAGCGAUGUCAUGAUGACCCAGAUGGAUCCUCUCAUGCCGAGCCAAGGAGGUGGCAGCCUUUUGGGGCUUGCGGGAUCUAUGUCCAGCAGCCAAGCUAAAGCAGGUCAGAUGAUGUUGAGCAAAGGCAUUGACACAAGCACGGUGGGGCAGAUGAGCCUCCAAACUCAAACCCAACUCCAGCACUCACAGAUGGGCUAUGGAAUGAUGCACUCAUCCAUGAACCAGGAACCGCCUCAGCUCGCAACAGUAAAGACCCAGCAUCAGGUGCCAGGCGCUGGGCUUCUGCAGCAUGGAGCGCUCCCCUCACCCGGUGGGAACGGAGGCCUGCAAGGUCUAGGCCAGUUUGCGACAGCGCCCUGCUUCAUACCCUCCCAGGACCGCCUGCCUACAGACUUGGAUAUUGAGAUGUUCACUGAAAACCUGGACUGUGAUGUGGAAUAUAUUAUCAACAGUGAUCUUAUGGAUGGAGACUUGGUUGACUUCAACUUUGACCCCAUCAUACAGGGUGGACAGGGCUAUCCUGGGCCAGCGACCACACAGAGCUCCUCCCAUAACUGGGUGCCCAGCUAACUCCAUUAUUAAAAAUGAGAACAGGAUUAUCCCCCAUCCUUAAAACAACCUCGAAAACCGACAUGGCACAUUGCCAGAACAUAUUCUCAAUUUUUUUGCCUCUGCAUUUGCCAUUGUACCUCAAAUACAUAAACUGCUUUGGCUAAGGACAACACGCACUUGGCCAAGAAGUCUUGUGUCAGAACUUUCAAUUAGAUGACAAAAUCAAACCUCAUACACGUCAAGUGCCAAUGUCAACUGAAGAGUGUGCUGUUGGACACAGAUAACAUGGUCUUGAAACAUAUUUUUUUUCUCUUCUUGUCUUAUAUGUGCAACAUUUUUUUUAUUUUUUUUAUUUGAAAGGUGCAUUUUUUGGGCCAAUCUUGGACUAAAGAAGCACAACUAAUAAACAGCUAAUCAUGUGUAUUGCAUUAAAUGCCUAUGAUGCACAGUGUAAGAUGGAGAUGGUACUCCUUGAUCUUCACUCUGAUAAUGGAAGUCAUUCAGCCAGGAGGAUCAAACUUUGCAGCUUUUCUUGAUGUGAACUCUUGUUCGUUGAACAGCAGUGGAGAAGUCUGAGCAUCCGCGAUUCUGCAUUGAUGGAGUGACUUCCACAGCUGGCCUAACGUUGCUGUUGCUCUCAGCCCCUCUGAGGACGAACACAACAUGGCACCACAGGAAUGUUAAGUUGAGAACAACAUUAAGUGACGAUGGUUUCACCAACCCCAGAACACUGUGCAGCGUGCAAAAGCGCUCUCUCAGCGAUUAUGAUGCAUACUUGUGCAACAAAGAGGUGAAACUUUUGCUGAAAGCUUCAAGGUGUUUGGUGAAGCUGUGGUGUUCAAUGUGCAAUGUGUGGCUUUUAUGACAUCUGCUCUCAAAAAGAUUUUUUUUUUUUUUUCCUGUGAUAUGUGUCGAAGAGGCUGAUAACUGAAUGAUGAUUUAACUGUCUGCUCUUAAGUGUUUGUUAGUGAUAACAACAGUAUGAAGAAAUGUGAUUUUUUUUCACAGGGCAUUUUGAUGCAUCUUUUAAUCCUGCCAACAGGUUUAAUGGUAUAGUGUUAUUGUUGGAAACUCGGUUCCCUUAUGCAGGAUGCAAUAUCUGAAGAUUUUUUUGUGUGUGUGUGCGGGAGGGCGUGUGUGUACAUUUGUGUGCGUGCAAAUAUGUUUAAUGCUCCCGAAACUUGAUUCCAACACACUGACAAGAGAAUUCAAGGUUAUGGUGAAUCAUUUCAUUAAGGCACAAAAAAAAGUUUGUUUUUUGAGUUAUAUGCGAGUUUGAAGCGAAUCUUGAAGAAACAUGGCUACGAUACUGAGGUUAUGGUUCCUCUGGCAUGUUUGACUGUGUUCACAGAGGCACAGAGGAAAAAAACUAUUUUCUCAUUGAUCAGUUUUUCAUAAACAGCACUACUCUUGUUUUGUUAAAAAAAAAAAAAAUGUUAUUAAAGAACAAAAACAGUUGGAUAUAACGACUACAAUUCUAAUCUAGAUUGGAGCAUUAUCGUUAACAGAGACUAAUAAUAAGAAAACAUGCUGUUAAUUAGCUUUUUUAACGGUCAUUUUCUAUGUAAUCUUUUAUUUUUGUAAAAGAUGAGAUGCAUAUAGAUUUUAUACAAUAACCAAAGGAACACUAAGGACUGCAUGUUGGAUGGAUGGACGAAUUGCAGUGCAAAUAAGCUUUACAAAACCUUUCCGAAAAAUCAACAUGUAAACUAAAUCUUAAUUUGAUUGAUUGCAUGAUUACAUUUAUCAGAAUACAAUGUUCCAAAAGUUUAAAUAUGCUAUAACUGUUUGUGCUAAAAAGAAAAGAAAAGCUCAGUUUUCUAGGUUGCAUCAUGAGCUUUUCUAGGCAAUGAUUUCAUCUCAAAACACAAGACUGGUCCAACCGAAAAAAGGAUUAAUCCAAUGUUUCACUCUCAGGGUUAUGAAAAAUAAUAAUUAAAACAACUUCUGUUAGGAAGUAAUGAGAUAAUCAUGUUAUGACUUCAGUGCUCACGGCCUUGUCUAAAUUAAAUGAGUCAUUUAUGCAAGCCAACGUCACGUAUAUAUUUUAACAUUGCAGAAAUAUAUCUAAUGUUGCAGUUUAUUACGAGAGAUUUAAUGUAUGCAUUUGUAGUUCCUAAAAAACUUGUAAACUGCCAAUGAACACUAUAGCAUGUCGCUCCAGAGCAAACCAUACAGUUUUAAUGCCCUUUCUUUUCAACUUGUACCUUUUCUGUAAUAGAAGGGUUAACUUUUAUUUAAUAAUUUGAUCAGAUGGUUUUUACUCUAUUAGUUUAAAACCAGCAGUCUGACAAUUUUUUUAAAAAAAAUUUUUUGUGGUUUAUUCUGUUUUAGGGGUGUAUAAAUUGGCUUCAGUUUGAGAGCUUGACAUUAGUAACUCUUAUCACAUUAAUGUAAUGGUCUGAGUGCGUUAGAUUAGCACUCUCUCCUUACAGAGGAAUCAUUUUUAUCCUAUUCAUCGGUGCUAGAUAUUAAAUACGACAAUUAAAGAAGGCCAUAUUUGAUUGGUGCAUAUGUAGACAUCAGGGCCUUUAAUAAUUUUAUGCAACACAUAUUGAGUACAAUUUCUUAAUGUAGAACAUAGUAUGAGAAAUUUACCUAUGUUUUAAUUCCCAAACUCUGUUUUUCUAUAUUAUAAAAGAAGCUGUGAAUGGGGAGGGAGGGGCUUUGCCAUCUCACCACAUAUUGUGUAACAGUACACCUCACGAAUGGUGUCAGCGUGGUGUAACGUUUGAUACAGCAAUUGAUGAUUUUUUCAAUCAACCGUUUACAUCGAUGUUCUUGUCUUUUGGGGCAUCUUUUCUCAUGUUUUUAUGUUUGUACAUUUAAUGCGGAUCCUUGAUGUGGUUGUUAUACCUGCAUGGUACAUCUUCCAGAAAGCUUCAGGCUGACAGUCACCUUUGGCAUUUUCUUUCGUCAUGUUGAUAUAAGUUGAAUUUUUUGUGAUUCACACCCUGGUUUAGUUUCAUUUCCCAAAGUGCAGAUAUUGUAUUCGCCCCAUUAGACAGACGUCACAGGGAAUUCCAUACCUUCCCUCUUUCCAAAUCACAAUAUCUCUUUCCAUGUUUGAUAUUAGCCUUCUUUUCCUUUAAUAUCCAUUCUUUUAGUUCCUUUCAUUUUUCCAGGAGAGUUUGCUAAGUAUCCCACUUGAUAACACAGGACAUUAGUUUAUGAUCUGGGUUGGGUUUUUUCCUCUCAUUUUGUUUUGGGUUAUGGCGGGAUGUGAGACUGAUGAGUUGUGCAUAGCCAAUAUACUGUAUAUGUACUUGAUUGCUUUUUUUUUGUUUUGUUUUUUUGGCUUAAUUCAUUUUGUCCCCCCAUAUUUUGUUAGUCAGAGGUCAUUGAAAGCAGUUCAGCAUAAUAGAAAUAAACCUAAUCUGUUUAACGCA